CAAAUCUGAAGCACUUACUAAAUAACAGCAGUGAGCUGUCUAAAUUUGAUGGUUUGAAGUAUCACCCUAGACAAGUAGUUUACAUGUUUUGAGCAAACAGACAAGACAGUUUUCUGUUUUUACUUUCCUAGCCAUUAACAGUAACAAUAUUGGAAUCAAUUAAUUUGGUGCUAAAAAUCUUUUACUUACGUCUGUGGUUUGUAGAUUGCAGGUUAUUUGCUGAUAAAGCGAAGAACAGAAGCCACGUGCCAUUGCCUUUUCAUCCACUAGGGGCUGAUGCUUCCCAUGUUGUUGACACAUCACCCAGGUCAGGUGAUGAAGAGGCUUUGCGUCAGAGUAGGGCAUGGAGCUGCCCAAAGACACAUGUCAACUCUGACCGGCUCAGAGCUGCCUCUGAAAUCUCCCUUUGUCUUCCUCGUUUUACGUAGUCUUCAUUGUUGAAGCAGCUGACAGGCAGAUGCGGUAUCUUAACCUUUUGAAGAAUCAGUCCUGGCUUGUUCAGAACUCCUUCCCCUCUUCACCAAACCUGCGGUGGCCCACUGGUGACAAGGCUCAGGCCAUUCACAAAGCUCAGACUUUCCAUCAAUCUACAUGGAAUGGCAACCCAAAGCCACUGUCCAUGUUGGUAAAUACCCUAUAAGCCGCAUUCCAAUGCAGCCCCCCCUUAUCUAUUGGAUUGCGCCCGAGGCAGUUUCAAGUGGUUGCCUCGCUUAGAAGCAGGUCAGUUCCAUGUGUGGAACUUUGUUGGUGUGGGCAGAAGGGGAAUCGGACAGGCGCACAGGGCCGUGGACGCACCAAGGAGGGCAGUGCCACAACGGGGGACUCCUCUGACGCCUCGCGUGGUCCUAAGCACCAGAGACUCUCUGUCCCUCCUCCAGACGCCCGUCUCACUCUGCCUGCCUCCCUCUGAAUCUGGCUGCUUGGUCUCUGACGCUGCCUCACACUUCUACUUCUCUCUCUCUUUGUCUUUCUCUCUCGUUCUUUCACCCCCCCCCUCUCUUUUUCAAGAUAUUAUUUGUGGUUCCAGCAUUCAGGAUUCAGAGAGAGACAAGUCAAAUAUGGAAGGCUGAUGGGGCUGCACACUUCAGGGAGCACCUGAUGGGAUUAUAAGAGCCUUCCCUCACUGCCAAUGUUCUUGGAUAUCUUAUUUUCUGUUCCACGGAGAGAGUGUGUUUUCUGCUCUAAGCUGUGAAACAAUAUUUUUAGGAGAAUUUGGAACCCUAUUUGGACAGGAUUCCAUUGUUAUCCUUCUCAACAAUUAUUUAAGAGUUUCUUGAUUGGCAUUUCCUAUUUAGGAAUGUGUUUAACUCAUAUUAUAGGAUUAUCUUGCCAGCUCAUUGGUCUGCAGCCAAGCAAAACAAGCUGAACAUUUGCAACAGAUCUGCUUGGCCGACUGAUAUUAGCUCUGAUUUCAACAUUACUUUGGCCUCAGUUCCCUGAGGGAGAAAUUAGGUUUGUUCAGUUGAUGUAAUCAGACAGAUGACUGAGGCUCGCCAGGUGGUGAUUACAUACAUUAUCUGAAUAUAACAUACCGCAUGUUGUAUUAUGAAGGUUCUGUGAAAAAAGAAUCACCCUGAACACUUGUAGAUGCCAUGGACUGUCUAAUGCUGUGCUCAUAGUAACUCAGGCUCCUCUGUGUGGCAGAGAUUUCUUGCGGUUUUGUUUAGUGAAAGUUGUCAAAGAGGAGGUGGCUGUGCAGUUGUUUCUACAGCCGAUGGAAGCUACAGAUUCUGGCAGAACUUGACUCAUCUACCCAACAGAAUGUGGAUUUGUGGCCGUUUCGAGAAAUCUAUGGACUCAAUUUCCAUUUCAAUAAUUCCAUCUUUUCUGGGAGUGAACUGAAUCUCUAGUUUUCCUCAGUAAAUUUCGUUGCCCAUAUAAAGUAAUUUCACAAUGAAUAAAGACUCACGCUUCCCGCGGAAGGCUAUGCAGAUGAAUUACUCAACGAGAAGGCACUCAUGCAUUGGUUUCGAUGUGGAAAAUGGGCUCUCGGUGGGCCGCAGUCCCUUGGAGGCCCAGACCAGCCCUGGCUCCGGCUCCGGCCUGGUCCUGCAGGCCAACUUCCCCCACAGCCAGCGCCGCGAGUCCUUCCUGUACCGCUCCGACUCCGACUUUGACCUCUCACCCAAAGCCAUGUCGCGCAAUUCCUCCACCGCCAGUGAACUGGAAGAGAGUUUGAAGCACUGGGAAGUCAACUGGCUAACUCGGCAUGGAGAAGACAUGAUUGUCACACCAUUUGCACAGGUACUGGCAAGUUUGAGGACAGUUCGGAGCAACUUUGCUGUGUUGACACACCAACAGGAUCGUGUGCCUAGCAAAAGGUCCUCAGGGAGCAACCCACCAUCCCUAUGCAAGACAAGUGUUCCAGAGGAGCCCUGUCAGAAGCUGGCUGUGGAGACCCUGGAGGAGCUGGACUGGUGUCUGGAGCAGCUGGAGACGCUGAAGACACGCCACUCCGUCAGCGAGAUGGCCUCCAACAAGUUCAAAAGGAUGCUCAACCGAGAGCUUACACAGCUAUCGGAGACAAGCAAGUCAGGAAACCAGGUGUCAGAGUUUAUUUCGAGCACGUUCCUAGAGAAGCAACAUGAUAUGGAGAUCAUGUCCCCACCAACCAAAGACAAGGACAAGAGGAAGUGGCCCAUGUCCCAGAUCAGUGGCGUUAAGAAGCCCAGCCACAGCCCCAGCCUCGCUGUGUCCAGCAUCCCACGCUUCGGGGUCAGCACCAAGCAGGAGGAACUGCUGGCCAAGGAAUUAGAGGACAUUAACAGAUGGGGUGUGGACAUAUUUAAGAUAUCGGAAUAUUCCGGGAACAGACCAUUGACGGUGACCAUGUACAGUAUAUUUCAGGAGAGAGACCUUCUUAAGUCCUUCAAGAUCCCUGCAGACACCUUUAUCACCUUCAUGAUGACUCUGGAGGAGAAUUACCACGCUGACGUCGCUUACCACAACAACAUCCAUGCGGCUGACGUAGUCCAGUCCACCCACGUGCUCCUCUCCACACCAGCACUUGAGGCUGUUUUCACAGACCUUGAGAUUCUGGCAGCACUAUUUGCCAGUGCAAUACAUGAUGUGGAUCAUCCUGGAGUGUCCAAUCAGUUUCUCAUUAACACAAACUCUGAGCUGGCUCUCAUGUACAACGAUGUCUCUGUCCUGGAGAAUCACCACCUGGCUGUGGGUUUCAAGCUGCUGCAGGAGGAGAAUUGUGACAUUUUCAUGAAUCUGAGCAAGAAGCAGAGACAGUCCCUUCGUAAAAUCGUUAUAGACAUGGUCCUAGCGACAGACAUGUCGAAGCACAUGAACCUGCUGGCAGACCUGAAAACCAUGGUGGAGACCAAGAAGGUGACCAGUCUGGGUGUGUUGUUGCUGGACAACUACUCAGAUCGCAUCCAGGUCCUUCAAAACAUGGUGCACUGCGCCGACCUCAGUAACCCAACCAAACCUCUCGAGCUGUACCGUCAGUGGACGGAUCGUAUUAUGGUGGAGUUUUUCACCCAGGGAGACCGUGAGCGGGACAAGGGGAUGGAGAUUAGUCCCAUGUGUGACAAACACAAUGCUUCCAUUGAGAAAUCCCAGGUUGGUUUCAUCGACUACAUUGUCCAUCCCCUUUGGGAGACCUGGGCGGACCUGGUUCACCCUGACGCCCAGGAGAUCCUAGACACAUUGGAGGACAACCGUGAGUGGUACCAGAGCAUGAUCCUCCACAGCCCGUCCCCCAUGCCCGAGGAGGAGAGGGACGGGCUGCCCAUGGCCGCGGGUGCUGUUGGGGGAUGUGGCGCCACAGCCGGGGACAAGUUCCAAUUCGAACUGACCUUAGAGGAAGAGGGCGAGUCGGAUGCUGAAAGUCCCAGUGAGGACACAGAGUUUGUGGCCUCAGGGCAGGAGUCUUCCAGGACUGAGCCCAAAGGAAUGCACCAGUCUCCCCACGUGAGGCACGCACAGGCUGGCAUGGCCAUCAGCCCCAGCUGCCGGACAUUGUCCCCAGAGAACCCCUCAGACAGCGACGAGGGCGAGGAGGACAGAGAACUUGACCAAGAAGGGAAAGGUCUGUCAUGCCUGAAGAUGGGAACAUAACACCCAGUGCACUUUUGCAUUGCUUCAUGUCUGUGCUUCCCUUCCCCUCCUGUAUCUCCGUCCGCUCCCGGACAUUCCUGGCUUCCUGGGACAAAGUGGUACCACAGCAUAGGAGCACAAAGGAGCGAGAGAUUGCCUUCAGGAUAUCUGCACUUACACCGUAGUCAUCUUGCACUGGAGUCGGCCUGCUGUCUUCUUGAGACAGAAAGUGUUCUUCAAGCCUUUCUUUGUGUUUUCCUUCUAAGUUUAAAAAAAAUCCACUGUAUAAGGCUUAUAUUUCACACAGUUGAUGAGUACAGCUGUGUGUGAAUAAGCCACAUCAAGGUCUAUUGAACACAGCAAGGAUUUCUGAUGAAAUGUCUUUCCGUGACAGCUUACAAAGAAAAAAAAGUAAUAAACCUGAUAACACCAUCAGAACCUUAACCAUUUUAUACUAGUCUGCUGAGAUAACUGGGUGAUGUAAAAGACUUGCAUGAAUUUGCUUCUUUUUUUUUUUACUGGUCAGUGUGUAUCUGAACACGGGGGGUUUUAAAACUGAUCAAAACACUACAAACUUAUUUAGCUUUGCCUGAUCAUAGAAAACAAAACUGAGCAUAACUCAAAACUCAGGACAAGGAGGACAGAUACUGUCAUGUUGUGGCGGCUCUAACACCACUCUUAGUGGUGUCCUGUAUUGUGAUAAUUUCAGUUUACUGACUAGCCAUGCUUGUGAUUGAGCUCUACUGUGUGUGUGGCACCACCCAGUGGUUAAGAAUUGGACUUACACCAUAAAUAAAAUGCCGAACCAAAUGAUUUGACCUCCAUAGACCGUUUAUGGACAUUUCUCCUGCACAUUGUGCUGCUAACUCAGCCAAGACCUGCAUAAGUGGACACACAAACCAAAUCUCUUCUUAAUAUUUAACACUCUGAAGUGUGUGUUUGUAUGAUUUUAUUUGUUUAUUUCAUCUUGUUCAGAUGUUAUGAUCUGUUUAUUUUUUUUUAUUUUGAUUUAUUUAAAAAAACUAUGCUCUGUGUGCUCUGUUUUACCAUCAUGUAAUCAGCUUGACUCCUUGUGUAGCACUUUACAUCUUUAUUCAUUGCCAAAAGUCACCCUGCUAGAUAGGGCUGGAGCCAAACUACACUUAUAUGGUGCCAACGGUUGCAAUUACCAUAGAUAACCAGCACUUCUCUUAUACACCUCUUACAACAUUAGCAUUAAAAUGUUUUCUGUAGACUCUUGAAUGGGUACAGGCUCUUUUAUACGGAAUAUUGAAUAUUGGAAGGGGUAUUGGAAAAUUCAGGGAAAAUUGGUUUUCACAUUUCUCUUCAGGGUUGUAUCUAUCUGCAAAAAAAAAAGAGACAUGACCAUUGGUAAUUGGUGGUAGUACCAAUUCAGUUCCUUAUGCAUCCAUUUGGAAGCUAUAUUGGAAGCAUAAAGUUAUACAAGGUUAUAUGAAUAAAUCUAAUUGCAAAGGCGUAAAACUAAAGCAAGGGCUGUUUUCAGAGCCAGACUUUUUUUCUUAUCCCUUUUGGCCAUUGAUCAAUACUCUGCUCUUCACAGGGACAUAGCCAAUGACAGUACAAGUGCCAAGCAAGCAUGACACAAACUGUACUGUAAUUUCCAUUUUGCCACUGGCUAAUUUCCAUCAAUGACUGCAAUGUUGAUAAUAUCUGUGUGUUCAAAUUAUAUUUGACCUCUGUUUAAAACAGCCAUAUACCUUAAUUGUCUACACAAUGACAUGUAGCUUCAGAUGAAAGAUAAAUGCUCUCUUGAUCAUUCAGCUUUAGGACCUAAAACACGUAUGAUAACAAGCAGGCUACAUUAUGAAGUAUUGGCUAUACAUCUUAAGGCUCAUUUUGGAAAAAAUAAAACGACUAUGACAUUGCUUUUUAUUUCUCAGCGAAAUUGUGCAUUGUUGUUGAAAUGUUCACACAGAAAUAAAGCAAGGUAAGUGUGUAGAAAACAUGACAUGAACAAAACUGCUCUGUCAAGGUAGCCUAAUAGGCCUAUGUAACAGUGUUUCUUUUUGUUGUCUUAACGUUAUAUCUCAUCACUGUUAAUAUAAGCCUUGAAUGAUCAUUGCAGCUUUUAAUUGUGGCACUGUGGGAUUUUCAGUACUACCUGUACAACGCCUGAAACUGAGCUCUGAACUUUGUUGUUAUGAAAGGGAUAUCCUUGACUCUUUUUCCGUAAAAAAGGUGUUUUCUGUCUGCUGUUGAUUAUUUUAUAUAUCCUAACCACUCUGAUACUAAGUAUUUAUUCUUUUUUAUAUAUAUAAAUCUGUCAGUUAUACUGUUAUGUGUGUAGAUUUUAUUGAAUGCUGAGAAUUCCAUCAUGGGCCAAAACAGGGCAGAUUUUUACAGUUCCACCAGUUGCUUUGUGUGCUUGACACCUUCACAAAUUUUCAGGUCAUUGUUAGAAAGAUACUCCAGUAAAGUAGGAUGGAAACUUGUUCCAAGACCAUGAAUUGCUGUCCCCAUGUCUACCCUGGUCUAAAAUCUGCUGCAGUCUUGACAAUCCAAAUACAACUGUUUACUACAUGUUGGUAAUUUAUGUUACUGUACUCGUUCUUCUAUGCCAAUAAAAGCAAAGACUCUUUAUGCAUAA